AAGAGAAAGACGUUUCAGUGAAAGAAGAGGAAGACGCGUUCAGAGUGAAAGAGGAGGAUGUUACAGUAAAAGAAGAGGAAGAUAAAGAGGAGGAUUCCGUUUUUGGAGUGAAAGAGGAGGAGGGGGAGAUGACUGUCACAUUGGAUGAGGAAGAGGAGGUUGGAGAUAUGUUUAACACCAGAGAGACACGGGACUAUCGUGGAUCCUCUUGGGAGGCUCAACAACAUCAUGAUUCUGACGAGGCAGAGAAGAGUCUCUCCAGAUCAGAACUCCUCAAGAAACACCAGCAGAGACCCACAGGGAAGAAAUCUCACUGCUGCUCUGACUGUGGGAAAAGAUUAAACUCUUCAUCAGACCUUAAAAUACAUCAAAGAAUUCACACUGGAGAGAAACCUUACGGCUGUGAUCAGUGUGGGAAGAGUUUUUCUCAGCUAAAAACCCUGAACUCACACCAGAGAAUACACACUGGAGAGAAACCUUUUGGCUGUAAUCAAUGUGAGAAGAGUUUUAUUUGGCUGCAAACCCUGAAAACACACCAGAGAAUACACACUGGAGAGAAACCUUACGGCUGUGAUCAAUGUGAGAAGAGUUUUACUCAGCUAAACAACCUGAUAGUACACCAGAGAACACACACAGGAGAGAAACCUUAUAGCUGUGAUCAAUGUGGGAAGAGUUUUUCUACAUCUAGCUAUCUAACUAUACACCAGAGAAUACACACUGGAGAGAAACCUUUUGGCUGUGAUCACUGUGGGAAGAGUUUUAUUUGGCUACAAUCCCUGAAAUCACACCAGAGAAUACACACUGGAGAGAAACCUUUUGGCUGUGAUCAAUGUGAGAAGAGUUUUACUCAGCUAAACAGCCUGAUAGCACACCAAAGAACACACACAGGAGAGAAUCCGUGCUGUGAUCAAUGUGGGAAGAGAUACUCUGAUAAAAGAUCUCUGAUUAAACAUCAGAAAAUACAUGAAAUCGUUGUUUCAUGAUAUCAAUGAAAUAAUGUUACAAUGUAGAAUGUUUUUAAUAUUGUGGAAGUAUUUUAAUAAUGUCACAAUAUAGAAUGUUUUUAAUAUUGUAGAAGGAGUAUUUUAAUGAAUGUCAGAAUGUAGAACCAUAAAUAUUUGCCACCUGUUCAAUUGAUUUUAGUCUCAGGGGAAAAAUCCUGGCUUCUUAAUUGAAAGAGUACUAUUUAUGAGAUUCAACAAAAAGUGACUAACAAAAAUAGAGUUGUGUUACAUUUACCACAUUGGUGACCACUUGAAUCAAAAUGCAACUCUUCAAUGUUUAGGUUUUCAAUAUAUCCCAAACUGUUUCUGCAUAUUGGUUAUUGAUUUGGACACGUUAACACUAUGUGUUGACAUUGCGCUAUUCUCACCUAGCAAAAUGUAAUUAAAAAGACGUUGAAAAGAAGACUAUGCCCGACGUCCAAUAUAUGUUCGGUUGUAGUUGAAAAUGAAAUUUGAAAAGACGUAUUUUCGGGUCAUUUUUUUCAAUGAUUUGAAAACAACUUAAUUUCAACUUACUUGCAGCCUAUACACAUGGACGCAGUAUAAUAAAUUGGUCUAUAAUCAAUUUUAUUAACAAUCCUACAUCACUCCAGUAUUUAUUUACAACAUUCAAGUGCUAAUUGUCUUUAUUCCACUACUGAAGAA